AUGGCUGUGCACACCCCUCUGCCCCCCAGCCUGCGCCGGGGCUUGGUGACCUUCAGUGGGACCCUUUUCAUCAACAACAAGACACAGGACAGUGUCGCUGCCCAGAUCUACCAGCCAGCCCACGAGGUGCUGUCCAGCCUGCCCCUCCAGGUGAUGCUCUACUUCAAUGUCUACUACUUCCCGGUCUGGUGCCUGACUGAGGGGAUGAUGCUGCAGCUGAAGUACCACCUGCUGCCUUGGCACUACCAGUUCCUGCUGGUCACAGCCUUCCUCAUCCUCUCGCUGGCUGAGGUCUCCCGUCUCUACCUGGGCUACAUGGGGAACCUCCAGGAGAAGGUGCCUGAGCUGGCUGGGUUCCUGCUCCUCUCCUUCUUGAUCCAGCUGCCCCUCCUGCUCUUCCUGCUCAUGGACAAAGAGGUCAUCCACCUUCCACUGGAGAUAAUCAUGCACUGCCUGUUCCUGACAUUUCUGCUCGCUGAGAUCGUGGCUGCCUUCCUGGCCCUGAAGACCAUGACGAAGCAGCUGGCAGCACAGUUCCACCUGCGGCAGCUCCAGGAGGGUGGGAAGGCCCAGCUGGGGCCAGAGGACACAGCAGGGCAGGCAGGAGAGAUGAGAUGA